AUGGCCAUGGCCCCGGGCGGCCGCCGCUGCCUCCUCCUCCUCCUCCUCCUCCUCCUGAGCGUCCUGGGGCCCCCGGCGCUGGGCGACCCUGGCCCCUUAGAAGACGUGGUGAUAGACAGAUACUAUAUUCCCAAAAUCUGCCUGCGGGAGGCGCAGAUGGGGGAUUUCAUUCGCUACCACUACAAUGGGACCUUUAAAGAUGGCAAAAAGUUUGACUCCAGCUACGACCGAGGGGCCACGGUGGCCGGUGUGGUGGGCGUUGGGCGGCUGAUCACGGGCAUGGACCGGGGGCUGCAGGGCAUGUGCGUCAACGAGCGGCGCCACCUCAUCGUGCCGCCCCACCUGGGCUACGGCAGCAUCGGCGUGGCGGGGCUGAUUCCCCCAGAUGCCACCCUGUACUUCGAUGUGGUCAUGUUGGACAUCUGGAACAAGAACGACAAGCUGCAGAUCACCACCCUGUCCAAACCCGAGCGCUGCAACCGCACGGUGGAGAACUCGGAUUUUGUGCGGUACCACUACAACGGGACACUGCUGGAUGGGACCCCCUUCGACUCCAGCUACAGCAAGGGCAGCACCUAUGACACCUACGUGGGCACUGGGUGGCUGAUCAAGGGCAUGGACCAGGGUCUGCUGGGAAUGUGCGCUGGGGAGAAGAGGAGCAUCAUCAUCCCCCCGUUCCUGGCCUAUGGGGAGAAGGGCUACGGGACGGUGAUCCCACCGCAGGCAUCGCUGGUGUUCAGCGUGCUGCUGGUGGAUUUCCACAAUCCCAAGGACGGUGUGUUUCUGGAGCACCUGGAGGUGCCGGAGUCCUGCACGCGCCGGGCUGUGACCGGGGACUUUGUCCGCUACCACUACAACGGGACACUCAUGGAUGGGACACUCUUUGACUCCAGUUACUCCCGCAAUCAGACCUACAACACCUACAUUGGGAAGGGCUACAUCAUCCCUGGCAUGGAUCAGGGGCUGCAGGGCGUCUGCAUGGGAGAGCACCGGCGAGUGGUCAUCCCCCCACACCUGGCUUAUGGGGAGAACGGCGCAGGAGAUAAAAUUCCUGGCUCAGCUGUGCUCAUCUUUGAUGUCCACAUCAUCGACUUCCACAACCCUGAGGACCCGGUGGAGAUCCAGACCGUGUUCCGGCCCGAGGGCUGCAACGUCACCACCCGCAACCGGGACUUUGUGCGCUACCACUACAACUGCUCCCUGCUGGAUGGCACCCGCCUCUUCUCCUCCCAUGACUACGAGAAGCCCCAGGAGGUAACCCUGGGGGCCAACAAGGUGAUCGAGGGGCUGAACAGUGGCCUCCUGGACAUGUGUGCGGGGGAGAGGCGGGUGCUCAUCGUCCCCCCACACCUGGGCCACGGCGAGAGCGGAGCCCGGGGGGUACCUGGCAGCGCCGUGCUCCGCUUCGAGGUGGAGCUGAUCUCCAUGGAGGAGGGGGUUCCUGAGGGCUACCUCUUCAUCUGGCACGGGGACCCACCUGCCAACCUGUACGAGCAGAUGGACCUCAACAAGGAUGGGGGGAUCCCCGCUGAGGAGUUCUCCACCUUCAUCAAGACCCAGGUGGCGGAGGGGAAAGGCCGCCUCAUGCCCAGCUCUGACCCGGAGAAAGUCAUUGCUGACAUGUUCCGGAACCAGGACCGCAACCAGGACGGGAAGAUCACACCCGACGAGCUGAAGCUCAAGUCGGACGAGGACCAGGAGAAGAUCCAUGAGGAGCUCUGA